AGCAUAAAUGAAUGCAUUUUGCAGUGGAACAAGAAAGCAAAGAAGCAAAAUGAGAAACCAAAAUGAACAGCGAGUUGUUAUCUUAGGAGGAGGCAUCGCCGGUUCCCUCGUCGCUAAAUCUCUUCAAUCCCAUGCACAUGUCACCCUCAUUGAUCCGAAGGAAUAUUUUGAGAUUUCAUGGGCGAGUUUGAGGGCAAUGGUGGAGCCAUCUUUUGCAGAAAGGACAUUGAUAAACCAUAGAGAUUAUUUUACAAAAGGCGACCUUGUUACGUCCAGUGCUGUCAAUGUGACGGAAACUGAAGUGUUGACUGCAGAGGGUCGUCGGGUUCCGUAUGAGUAUCUUGUUAUUGCUACUGGUCAUGCAGAUCCUGUGCCUAAACUUAGGACUGAAAGACUUCAUCAGUAUAAAGAAGAAAAUCAAAAGAUAAAAUCAGCUCGUUCCGUUCUGAUUGUUGGAGGAGGUCCAACCGGUGUGGAACUUGCUGGAGAGAUAGCUGUUGAUUUUCCCGACAAGAAGGUUACACUAGUGCACAAAGGACCAAGACUGCUGGAGUUCGUAGGGGCAAAAGCUGCUGACAAGACUCUAAAAUGGUUGAAAUCUAAGAAUGUUGACGUGAAACUAGACCAAGCAGUCGACUUAAACAGCGCCACAGACGGACACAAGAAAUACCAAACUUCAGUUGGGGGAACUAUUGAAGCUGAUUGUCAUUUCUUAUGCACGGGAAAACCACUUGCUUCGGCAUGGCUUAAGGAAACUGUAUUGAAAAAUGACUUGGAUGUUCAGGGAAGGAUAAAGGUAGAUGAACACUUGAGAGUUAAGGGGCGGAACAACAUUUUCGCAAUUGGAGAUAUUACAGAUAUUCCAGAAAUCAAGCAAGGGUUUUUAGCGCAGAAGCAGGCGGAAGUGGUUGCGAAGAACGUGCGGGUGAUGAUAGAGGGAGGAAGAGAAUGUCGGAGGGAAACUUACAAACCGCAUUCAGUAUUGGCAAUAGUUUCACUCGGGAGGCAUGAUGCAGUUGCGCAGCUCCCAUUCAUAACGAUCAGUGGAAGAAUUCCUGGCAUAAUAAAAUCGGGAGAUUUAUUUGUUGGUAAAACAAGAAAACUAAUGGGUCUCAGUCCUCAUAUUAUAUAAACUCGACUUUAUAUUAUUUAUUUACGCAUGAUGUGCAUAAAUAACUUUGUUUCCUAGUCUCUGUGAUAAUGCGUAAUUUGUUUGUAUAUGUAACUUUUAUGCGAGUGAGAAGUGGUGUUUCUUGGCAUGUAAUUGUGUAAAUUAUUGUGGUAUUGACAUAUUUGGUUUGAUAAAAUUGUUUUAAAGAUUAGCUGGUCUA